CGUUACUAGUUUUCCGUGAUUUAUUAGUCGAGUUUGUGUUUGUGAAUUAAUAGCACUAUGGAAAAAAAGAGUGACAAUCGAAAGAAAUCGGCAAGUGGCGGCAAAACGAGUUCUUCUUACAGAAAUACGUACGAAGAUCUUAGAAGGGGCACUCAGGAGGAACCCUAUGAAUUUCUACCAGUUGUAGAAAACAAUAUUGGUUUCAUUAUUGGGACGAAGGGUCAAACAAUAAAGGAAAUAGAAGAAACGUCAGGGGCGAAGAUCAGUAGCCAGUCAAAUAAUGGUCACACUGGAUUUACUCUUCGUGGUAAUUUUUGUCAACGCGCCCGUGCAAGAAAGCUUAUUCAUGAGAAAUUGGCGAAAUUGCGUCCAAAGGAAACUCUUGCGAGAAAUCAAAGCUACCGUGGUCAAUCAACUGUGAUUCCAAGUCAGUUCAAGAACCUAGUAAGCGGACCAGCUGGAGACCAUCUGAGACAUGUUAGCACUAUGACUGGAGCUGAAGUGAGUUCAAUAGGACCUGAUCGUCGGCCGUAUGUGAGAGGAUCUAAGAGGAACAUAGAGCAUACCGAGUAUAUGAUAAGAAGCAGAACGGCUGCCGGAAGAAUGAAGGCUAACACAGUCUGUGUCUAUAUAGACGAGAAAAAUCUUUCAGAAGAUUGUGAACUAAAGCUUGUCCCUGUAGACGAAAACGAGCGCUUGAUACUAUCAGAAGGAUCUUCACGUCAAUAUCGCUUGAAACCUUGUGAAGAAAACGAUAUGGAAGUGCAGGGAGCUUCAAGCUCUUAUCAUGAUCAAGCAGUAGCAGAUUAUGACGCUUCUAUCAAACAAAGAGUUUUAACAUCCCUGAGGAAAUUGAAAAGGGAAAUUUUGUCGGGAAAUUAUCACAAAGCUGACCUGUGGUGUCAUUUUGGAAAAAUCGUCAUUCGGGAUCCAGACGAAGCCGACCUCGAGGAGACGUGGAGCAUUGUUGAUUCAGUCAAGAAGUUUCAAGGAACAGAACAGAAAAAAAGGGAAUGGCUUUUUGCAUUUAAAGAGGGUGUGGACUUCGCUGACAAGGUGAUGAAAGAUGCAUUUGGUGAGCAGACAGAGGAGGACUUCAUGGCAAGAUAUGAUAUGAAUAUUUUGGCCCCGAAUGGCCAAGCGAUCCGAUGCAAGGUGUGGGUAGCAAAUCAAGAUGUGGGAAAAAAACUUGAAGAAAUGCCAAUUCCUUUUCAUGACCUGAAAAAUGUUGUUGAAGAAUUGAGGUUUGAAGAUGAGCCUACUAGGGCGAGGUGUCGAGGGUGGCUGGUUUUAGAAUCAAAAAAUUUUCUCCGGAUUAACAUCAUGUUUCCUGGUUCAGACAUCGAUUGCAGGAUAAACUUGCGUGCCCUUACGGAUGAUUUAGUCCAUGACAAUAGCCUUGUGCGCGAGAAAGAAGCGACUCACCUCGUAUCAAAAUAUCUUUCUAAGUCAACAUUUACCGAUGCCGAUGGGUUACGCCUUCCAGCAGACGAGAGAUUACCCCAGGGAUUUAACUUACGUCAUUGGAGAUGUUCUCAACGUACUAUGUUCAAUCCCCGGCCUGGAUUUUCCAUGAUUGUCUCUAAUGAAAGAUCCUGGUGUAGUAAUCUCAUGGAUGAGGAGAACAGAGUAACGACGGAUAUUCACCUUCACUGUGAAAAAUGGGAUCAGCUUCUCAGCGAAGAAGACUGGGAACCAGAUAUGAUCUGUGCCGAGUUGCCUGAGUUUCUUCACCUUAUUCGCCAAGUUCAAGAUUUCAUUUCUUGUAACUGUGCCAAAACAGCUGAUCAAGAGUGAAGGAAGGUUUGAUAAGCAGUUGAUCCAUAUUAUUACGAAAAAUUGUAUUGCGUGACUUGCAUGACCCUCUUGAAGCUUCGCGAGAGUUCAUAGUUCGUGAAUUUUAGUAUUUUACAUAUAAUGUCUUUCUAUAAUUAGACAAUUUAGAAAGUGCUGGAAUUUUAUUGUGUAAGCUAAGUUCUUUUUAACUAGUUUUCACAAGCGAAGAGAGUUUGACGUUGGUCGCGUUUUGUGACUGAACCAGCGUUUAUUGAAGUUGUGUGACUCUGGGAUGUAAAGUGCAUUAACGGUAAUAACUAACAUAUUUUAAAGAUCGAAUUUCAAGCGUACGUGUGGGCACAGGCGGCCCAAGCUC